CUGUAAAAACAACGCGGGUAAAAAAUAUUAAUGCUAAACGUAGCAAUUUGUUAGUUAUAUCGUUGCGUGUAAAAUAUUCUCAUUUUAAUAUUUGUUUGGAUGUGAAGCAUACAUUAUCAUGAUUGAAGUAUUUAUUUUUGGUGUUUUGGCUCUAAGUGUUUCUGGUGAAAAAGUUAUCGAAACCUUUGAAAAUGGAGCAACUGACCUCCUUAAACAAGGGUCUGAUUAUUUACAUACACCACAGCGUAUAUACUUUAAGGGCGAUUCAUUGAACGAUGGCCACGAGUACAAUGUUUUAAACCAAAAUCCUAUUAUUCCUAUGGGGAAACAAAAUAUUGGUCAUGUGGCGAAAUAUGACAGCUAUGCUCAUCAUAGCAAUAGUCGUAGCUAUGAAAAUUUAGGACCGAACAAAAAUGAGUACAUACCUUAUCGGCAUCAUGAUGUUCCAUUGGCUAAUACGCAAUAUAUCAGUGAUAACAUACACGGACUUGAAGUGACAAACAAAAUACCAUCUAUGAAACUUGAUCAACCGUAUUAUAGAACCCCACCGAAAUCUUCCAUCCAUGACUAUAAUCAUGUUCUAAACGGUGACGAACGUCCAAAAACCUACGAGGAAUUGGCACUGAAGAAUUUAUGUGUAGAUUGUAGCCACUAUCGUGCCAAUGAGUAUUCUCAAAAUCCAACUCAUUACCAACAUGAAAAAUCAGCCUUAAACGAGCAAAUGACAAAAGAUAUUUACAAUCCUUAUUUAGUACAUAAUUCUGAAAAUAACCACGGAUACUCACACGGAUCGUACACAGAUGCAGAGUCAGAAAAACAGCGACUUUUAGAUAAAAUUAACUACAUUUAUCACCAUGGUAAAGACAUGCAAUAUACCAAACCGUCACAAAACAAUACAAAUCCAAGAGAGCCACUUUAUAAAAGUGACCCACAUUACUUACAUUAUAAGCCAUAUUACAGUGAUAAUAACUUCCAGUAUAAAGUUAAAGCUAAUGGUCUAUUCCCAUAUGGACCAAAACAUGUGGAUUAUUACCCUGUAAGAGUAAAUAAUUAUUAUCCAUCACAUAAUUACAAUGACAAACCUGAACCCAAACAUGAAAACUACUAUGGUCAUAACAAUGAUGCAUCUGAUAGAUACACACCCAAUGUUUAUUCUGAAGCAUUAGUUUAUCCACGUAGUAAAUAUGAAUACGAAACCUUUAACACCACCAAUAAUGAAACAAACACCAAUCGAAACAUUUACUAUAACCCUUAUUUUGACUUUGCACCUGAUGCUAGAACAGUUAAUCGCGACAACAACUCAUAUUCUGAGGACCUGACAGCUAAAGUGUUGAAAAAUUUACUUUAUUCUAAAAACAAAUAUCCCAGCUCAUAUUCUAAUGCACACCCAAAUGGUUUGUAUAAUUCAGAACCCAAACACUUUUACAACAACUACGCACAUGAAAACAAUGCUCCUCAUAAUUACCGACAUUUAAAUAAUGAAGUUAAAGAUAUCAUUAGUAUACAAUAUCCGAAGAACAAUUAUAACCAAUAUAAUGGACACUCAAACAGUUUAUAUCAUAAUGGACACAAAAAUGCUUACCACGUUAACAAUGGCAAUUAUGUACCCAACAGACACUUUAAAGAUAUAGUUGAAGAAGUGAACAGAAUAUUGUAUUCACGUAAGAAUCAUGUCCCCUACGUAAAUGCUUAUUAUAAAGACAACCACGAACACAUAACGGAUGUACAUGAAUUGGGUCCAAAGAAACAACAAGAGCCGUAUGUAAACGAUUACGCCGGUGAACAUCUUAUCGAUCCCAAAAACAUUAACAACGCCUACGGGCAACUCGAUAUGCAUCAACACUACAAACAUUUUAAGGAUGUCGUUGAAGAGGCUAAAAAACUACUAGAACCUAAAAACAAACAUGACGCUUAUGCAAACCUUUACGUUUCUGAUUUCGAUCACUCUAGACCUCAUGAAAGACACUAUGGAAAACUAACACAUCCAUUCGAUAGAACAAGUGUUGGAGUUUUACAUCCGUACAAAGUUAGGCCAAACCCUUACAUUUUACCAGAGUACAGACGCUAUCAAUCACAAUACAAUGAUCACCCAAGGAAUUAUAAUCAUCAUGAAAACUUAGCAUACUAAAGCCGUUCUUUGCCGUUUAUAUUGAGAAAAAUGUAAUCUUGAAAUAAAUAAUAAGUCGUAUAUUAAA